AUGCGGCAGUCCCACUUUUGCAACACGUUGUUCAAAGGGUUAUUCGAGAAAUUUGGGGUUCGCCACAAUGUAGACACUCCUUACAAUCCGCAAAUUAGUGGGCAAGUUGAGGUGUCCAACAUAGUAAUCAAGAAGAUCCUUUCAAAAGUGGUAAAUGCUAGUAGAACAGAUUGUUCUAGGAGGCUUGUUGAUGAUUUUAAGGCUUACCGGACAGCAUACAAGACUCUCAUAGGUAUGUCUCCAUACCAACAUGUAUAUGGAAAGGCUUGUCACUUGCCAGUUGAGUUAGAGAACAAGGCCAUGUGGGCAAUGAAGAAACUGAAAAUGGAUUGGGAUGAAGCACUGGAGCAGAGACUUAAUGGGUUGAAUAAGCUUGAUGUGUUACGCCUAAAAGAAUAUGAAAGUUCAGCCCUCUACAAAGAUAAAAUAAAGAGUAACCAUGACGAAAAGAUUGAGAAGCACGAAUUUGUAGUUGAGGAUUUGUGUUACCACAUGGAUCGGUUGAGUUGGAAAACAAGGAGGGUGCAAAGUUCACGGUCAACUGGCAGAGAAUCAAAAUCUACCUCAGGCAUGUGGAGACUUCCCAUGAAGUGA